AUGUGGAUUGCAUUGGGUUUCAUUCAGCCGUCUCAAGGAAUGAUUAUGGAGGAUAUCGGAGGAAGGAAUUUUGAUGUUUUAGUUAAAAAAGCUUUAUUUGACAAGGUCGGAGAUGACUACAAGAUGCAUGAUUUAAUACAUGAGUCAGCAUCUAAAUUUUUUGCACAUGAAUGCAAUAAACUUGUGGAUGAUGAAGAGUCAUCUCUCAAAAUUUCUGAGACUAUUCGACACUUGUCUGUUCAAAUUAUAAAUUCUAAUCAAGAUCUUUGCAAUGCGCUUGGUGAAAUAUUCAAAGCAUCAAGAAGUCUGCGCUUAUUAUACUUAUCUGCUUCACGUUUGGAAAUCCUGCGCUUAUUAUGCGAAUCUGCUCCAUGCUUGAAAAUGAUACCUGAGGAGAUUGGAAAUUUUAUACAUCUUCGAUACUUAAAGAUUACACUUCUGGAUUUGACAAAGCUGCCAAGAUCUCUAAGUAAUCUCUAUCACAUGCAAUACAUAAUCUAUGAUCCCCCAAUCGUGCCAAAACAAAUUAUAGGUUAUUUUUUACCAAGUGACAUUAGUAACCUUUCUAACUUGCGUUGCGCGAAAUUUCCCAAUAUUUAUAAUUCAUCAAUAUGUGGGGCUGGGAAGCUAAAGUCUCUUCAAGAACUGAGUAUGUUUGAUCUUAGAGAUGUGAAUGGUUAUAGAAUUGUGGAGCUGGAGAACAUGAAUGAUCUUUGCAUAUUAGGAAUCAACUGUCUUGAAAAUGUUAAAGAUGCCGAGGAGGCUUGUAGUGCCAAAUUAUAUGUCAAGAGGAGGCUCAUAGAUUUAACCUUAUGUUGGAGUAACACUGAUUCGAGGAACAUCGAUUUAGAUGAGAAUGUGCUCGACAACCUUCAGCCACCAAAAUGUUUAAGGAAUAUGAGGAUAGAGAGAUACAUGGGUGCAAGGUCUGCAAUAUGGAUGAACAAUGUCAAACCGAUCUUCAAUCUAGAGAAAAUCGAAUUGACAGGUUGCAGUGAGUGGGAAACUCUUCCUCCUUUCGGGCAACUUCCCUUUCUCAAGUCACUGGAUCUUUGGAACAUGCCGAAAGUAAAAUGGCUCGAAAGUAAAUUUAAUGGGAAUGAUAAAUACCGUGCCUUUCCAUUGCUAGAGGAGUUAUAUAUUUCCGGAUUAGAAGCAUUAGAAGAUUGGUUUGAGAUAGAUUACUGCCCGAAGUUGAAAGAGUUGCCCUCUUUGCCUUCUAAGCUCAAGAGAUUGGAUAUAGAAGGAAUUGGGUGGACGAAUUUGAAUUUUUGUAGAAAUUCAAAUCCUAUUCCCCUUGAAACAUUAUGGGUCCAGCACUGUCCAAACAUUACAUCUCUUCCUCUGGCUGAUGAAAUAGCAAGACUUGCAGCACUAAGACACUUGACAAUUAAAAAGUGCCCCAAUCUGAUCUCUCUCGGAAGAUAUCGAGAAGUGGAGACCACUAAUAAUUGCCACCUCAUACUCAAGUAUCUCAGUAUAAGUGAUCCAUCGGUGUUGCUAAUGGAGCCAUUGAGAAGUAUCGGCUCCUUAAAAGAGCUGAGUAUUUGGGAUAAUGAUGAGCUGGUUUCAUUUCCAAAUGAGGCGGAGGAGUGGUUUCUGAAAGUUAGCUCUUCUCUUUCUGAGCUGCGAUUUUCAUCUCUCAAAUCCUUACAGUCUCUCCCUUCCACCUUGGAAAGCUUAUCUUCACUUCAGAAACUAUCUAUUGGUUAUGACGUUCCUAUGCUUCGGGAAUUACCGAACCUUCCUCCCUCUUUGGAAAGUCUAACAAUUUCGGGGAGAUGUCAUCCAGAGUUAAAGGAGCGCUAUCUAGAGGAUGGAGGCUCCGAUCGGCACAACAUUGCUCACAUUCCGAAUGUCCUUAUACGUUAA